CCGUCCGUGCCUCCCGUUCCUCUUCCUCACCCGACCCAAAGCUGCUCCCUUUCUCCUACACUGUAUCACUACCACCUCCUGCCCUGCCCUGCCGCAGCUCACGCCUCAACCUCCCCCAUCCCCUCCGCCUCUCACGCGCGACGCCGCCAUUGCCGUCCCCGCUCCUCCUCGUCGCGCCAUCGCGUCCCCGCUGCCGCCACCCCACCCCAUUGGGUUUUCAGGUUCAUGAUCCAUCUGGAGGGAUGAACGGGAGUCGACAGAUGGAACUCCACUACAUAAACACCGGAUAUCCGUACACCAUGACCGAGAGCUUCAUGGAUUUUUUCGAAGGCCUGACAUACGCCCAUGCGGAUUUUGCUCUUGCAGAUGCCUUCCAGGAUCAGGCCAAUCCAUACUGGACAAUGACGCAAACAAACUCGUAUAAGUACGGAUAUUCUGGUGCAGGAAAUUACUACAGUUAUGGGCAUGUAUAUGACAUGAAUGAUUACAUGCAUAGAGCAGAUGCUGGACGCAGAGUUUGGGAUAACCCCAUGCCUGUAAGCAAUACUGACUCCCCCAAUGUAGUCCUUCAGGGUGGUGAGGCUCCUCAUGCAAAUGCAAAUUCUACUACAGAGGAACGCAUCCAAACACCAGUGCACCAAAAUUCAAGCAGCCCGCAGGCUGUUUGGCAAGACAACAUCGAUCCUGACAACAUGACAUAUGAGGAAUUGUUGGAUUUGGGCGAGGCAGUUGGAACCCAAAGUCGUGGUCUCUCCCAAGAAAGCAUUGCAUCACUUCCGGUCACAAAAUACAAGUGUGGUUUCUUCUCGAGGAAGAAAGCACGCCGUGAAAGGUGUGUAAUCUGCCAAAUGGAGUAUAGGAGAGGGGAUCUGCAGAUGGCACUGCCCUGCAAGCAUGUUUACCAUGCCAGCUGCGUGACAAGAUGGCUUAGCAUCAACAAGGUAUGUCCUGUUUGCUUUGCUGAAGUUCCUGCUGAGGAGCCGAAGAUGAAAUGAGUUAUGGCAAUUAACCACGAAGUUCUCGCGCUCGGACUCGCACCACCACCGUUCCCCCAACUGAUGCAUGAUUUCUGCCUGAGGGCAGCUUUGUCCCCCUCUCCCUUUUAGAGUUGUAUAUUAGUACCAGAUCACCAGAUAUAGGUUAUAAGCAGAUGUAGCUGGAAGCUGUAACCCGCUUCCGAGAGGUUUGCCUUAGGCUGUAGAGUUUGACCGUGAACCAUAACCAACGUGCUAGACGGAGAUUGUGUCGAUCACGCAUGCCCGCGAGGUGCUUUUGUCCACCACGAAGGGAGUGUGCUAGUUUCUGUUAAUUCGAAUUCGAUUAAGAUUUUUGUGAACAGAGAAAAGAUUCAUUUGUAACAUCUUCUUGCUA